ACAUCAACGAUAGCGGAAGAAGACAUCGCUUUCUCUCUUUUCUUCGUUCACCCGGAAAAAUAUUGUAUCGACAGGAUGUCUGACGCUGGAGAUGAAAUUCAAGUCGAUGCCCCGGCCCCUGAGGUCGAGGUCAGCGAGGCCCCCAAGGGCAAACUUUCUGUUGAGGACGCGCUGCAGCAAGUCCUAAAAAACGCACUAGUACACGACGGUCUCGCUCGUGGUCUCCGUGAAUGUGCAAAGGCACUCGACAGGAGACAGGCCCACUUGUGUGUACUGGUCGAGUCAUGUACGGAGGCGGAGUACCUUAAGCUCAUCGAGGCGCUCUGUGCCGAGCAUAAGAUCAACCUGAUUAAAGUCGGAGACGCGAAGGUGCUCGGUACAUGGGCAGGUCUUUGCAAAAUCGACCGCGAGGGCAACCCGCGCAAGGUCGUUGGCUGCUCGUGCGUCGUUGUGAAAGAUUACGGUGUUGAGAGCGAGGGCUUGAACGUCCUGCUUGACUAUUUCAAGAACCGUUAGAUCCGUGUAUCUUGUAGUCACACGCUCCUUAUACUAAAAUGUACACAGCAUUGUAUGCCUUGCAUCAUAUUUCAAAUACAACUCAGCAUAAACUACCA